AUGCCUUACUCAACUUCCCCCGACUCUCACAUUCACAACACCGACAACAUGGUUCGAUCAUCUUCAGCAGAGCCCGCAAAGAGCUCUAAGAGAAAGGGCACCCGAAGCGUUUCCACACUUACACCAUCACAACUUGCGCGCAAGAGAGCCAACGACCGAGAGGCUCAGCGAGCUAUCAGGGCGCGAACCAAGGAGCACAUUGAUCGUUUGGAGCGCGAAUUGGAGGAACUCAAGAGCAAGCAGAGCCGUGAUCAGACCGUCCAAGAGCUUCUGAGACGGAACCAGGCACUUGAGGAGGAGCUUAUGCGACUUAAGGAGAACAUGGGCGUCUCAAUGACCUCAUCACCUUACUCUGCACCUGUAUACGAUGAUAACCUUAGCUCCGGCAGCGGUGCAGUCCCCAGCCCUCGCGGCUCCCCCUUCCCUUCUGGCGACUACAGCCCCAUCCCCGACUAUGGACAGCAAUAUGUUCCCCUUCCUACCAACUGCGAGUCAUGGGCCAACACUGUUUCCUGCCCUGUCCCCUCCAACGUCUCAAGCCCCUCAUCGUCUGCCGACGACUACAGCGCCGGCUACAUCCCCACGAGCGUGCCUACUUCAUUGUUGCCCUCAAACAACACCAGCUCAUCCAGCAUCGGCGCCGUUGGCCACGGACACAAGGACGUUAUCAAGAUGGAGUAUGAGGAUGUUGACUCUCACGUGUCUAGACGCCGGAUACCGCCUCAGCAACCCUUCAAUGCAACCCGUUUCCCCCCACACUUACAUGGCUCAGCAGCAGCAGCCCGCCUGGAACAUGUAUCCCGUCUACUACCCCCAGGCUCAGUCCUCGGUCCACUGAAGGACCAAAAUCAGCCGGGUGCCUGUUGGCCGGUACCCGUCCUGACUACUCCGCCGGCCUGCCGCUUCGAUGAGCUUUUGGUCGGUUUCCUCCAAGACUGCCGUCGUAUGGCCACUACAGAGUCUCUUGCCCAUACACUGGGACCGACUCGAAUAGACGUGCGGUCUGUGUUUCGCAGUCACGACAGCCAUGGCCAGCUUGCCUGCUCGCCUUAUCCGAUCACGGAUUUGAUCCGGAGUCUGAUAGACACGGCAGGCAUGACGCGGCUUAUGGAGCGCAUCGCAAUCUUUGCGCCCCUUCAAAAAAUGAUCUGUUGGCUUGCACAGCCUACGCCAGAGAGACGCGCGCGCCUGUGCCAUGACUACGCACCGCGCCAGUGUCAGCUGACAACUCCUCACCCCCAAUGGCUUGAUCUAGUGCAUUGGGGCUCUCUGCGCGAAGCUGCUAUAAAGCGGCAGGAUCUCUACGCUACAGAAGAGUUUCAGAGGAUCUACUUUGACUCCCUGCGCCUUGUCAACUGGCCUUACCAGCCGCUAGAGAGUCUAGUCACGGAUUCCCAGACGGGCCAUGUUGGUCUCACAGACGCUCUUACGGCCCAUGCCAUGAAUGGGUCCAAUUGGCGUCUCAAUGAGACGUUUACGCAGCGGUACCCUGAGCUUUCUGGCCUAGUGGCCUUGGAGCAUAGCCAUCCUUGA